AUGAGCGGGCCGUCAAAUGCUGAGCUCAUGCAAAGCAUGCUGGCGAUGAUGUCGCAGCAACAAGAAAUGAUGAGAAAGAUUGCGGAAGCUACAACACUUAAGGACUUACAUUUGGACGCAGUGAAGGCUCCCCGGUAUGGAGGGCAAGUACAAGAAUCGUUUGCGCUUUUUAAAGAACAAGUACAGCAGUACUUUACGGUGAGGCGUGUCAAUUGGAAGUGCGCGACGAUGGCAGCUACAAUCAUUCCAACCAUUGGAAGCAUGCUCGUAGGCACUGCAGCGGAAUGGUUUGUUUGGUCCAGAAGUAGGAUCACGACUGUGGAUGAACUCUUUUUUCAUCUGGAGCAAGAGUUCGUACCAGCAGACCUUCAGAUACGUCUCCGUGACCAGCUUCGAAACCUGGAUCAGGGUCAAUGCCGGGACCUUGGGGAGUUUGUUAAUCGCUUCCGACAGCUGAUGAUUCAGGUCCGAAAUAUGAGUGAUGUCGACUCCAUUUUCUAUUUUACUCAGGGAUUAAAGAACAAACUCGCGCCGAAGUCGAGUAUAGACGAUGCUCAUCUUUAA